AUGGGUGUUCACGGACUUUGGGAGAUUGUCGGCCCCACCGCGCGGCCUGUGCGACUGGAGGCGAUGGCUAAAAAAAGGCUUGCGGUUGACGCCUCAAUUUGGAUCUAUCAGUUCCUCAAGGCUGUGAGAGAUGCGCAGGGCAAUCAACUGAUCAACUCCCAUAUAGUUGGCUUCUUCCGCCGAAUAUGCAAGCUUCUCUACUUUGGAAUCAAGCCUGUGUUUGUGUUUGAUGGCGGAGCACCUCUUUUGAAAAGACAGACCAUCAGCAAACGGCGAGAGAAACGAGAGGGCAGCAAGGAGACCGCAGAGCAGGUUGCGCGCAGACUGCUAGCGAAACAGCUUCAGAACCGGGCCGAGGGCAAGCGCGAUGUGCCCACGAAGGCCAAGCCCAAAGCCAAGUCCAAAGAAGUUCCCAUUGAACAGCUGCAGUUUACUGAAUUCUACGAAGACACUAAUUAUUUUGAUACCAGGGACAGAAAGCACGAGGAGAAGCUUGAAAAGCCGACGCCCAAGAAAGAAAAAGAGAAUCGCAUAUUCCGCAGGCAAGAUGAGUACGAUCUUCCGCACAUUGAGAGCUUCAAGGUUGAGAAGAAUGACCAGCGGGUGAUCACAGACUAUGAGUACGACCGACUUACUUCUGAUCUGCAAGACGAGCUUGGAGGCAUUGAUCUUGACACCAUCGACCCGAAAUCCGAGGAGUUCGCCCGUUUGCCGCUAUCUACUCAGUACAUAGUGCUUUCUCACUUGCGGUUACGUUCUCGUCUGAGAAUGGGCUACACAAAACAGCAGCUCGAGACAUUGUUCCCAAAUAGCAUGGAUUUUUCCAAAUUCCAAAUCCAGAUGGUGCAGAAGCGCAAUUUUCUCACUCAGAAACUGAUGAAUGUGGCAGGAAUGGACGAGAAUGAGGCCAAAUCGCGGCGGAUUGCUAGUGAUCGUGAUCGUAUUUACGAGCUCCAGAGAAACGAAAACGGGUAUACUUUGUCGAUCAAGGACGACGGCCACAGUGUAGAGAAACCCAUUGAUUUGAACAGCGAAGGAGAGCAGGACGAAGAUGAAGAGGACGAAGAAUGGGAAGACGUUAUAGAGCCUGCCAAGCCGGUGCUCCCUAUGGGGACUGCUGCAUCUGAGCCGAUGUUUGUUGGCGAAGUCGUGACGUCAGAAAAUAACGAGGACACUACCAUGGCGAUGAUCCAGUCGCUGUACGAAUACGCAAACAACAACAAGAAGAAUUUGCAAAAAGCUGCAGAAAUGAGCGAGGAAGAGCAGUUGCGACACGCCAUCGAACGGUCAAAACAGGAUUACUAUAAUAUGAUGGAGCAGGAGCUGCGAAACGAUGCUCCUUUUGAUUACGGGGCUGCUCCACCAUUAAUUUUGACCAAGGAAUCACUCGGUUCGAACAUAGAUAAGGUCACCAAGUCAAAGCCUGUGUCUGUGCCGAAAUUUGAUUUCAGAAACAGCAUACUGUCUGCAGGCAAAACGGAGGAGCCCGGGAGCGCACAACCAGACCCAAAGCCAGAACCAAAGAAGCCACCAAAAAAAGUGGAAGAAACUCCUCUCUGGUUUCAGACUCGAGUUUCAGAAAACGCGUAUCACGAGAUGCAAGACCACAAAAAGACAGAGGGCGGAAAAAGCGAAGACGAAAAAGUCGGGCUGUUCGAUUAUGCUGACGUCGAACCGUACCUUGAAGAAAAUGAGAGCGAGGGUUCUGUGGAGGCUAAGGAGCAAGAGGCCACUGAGCCUGAGAUCAUCGAGCUGGACCCCGACCCACAGCCGGAGCCAGAGAAAACAGGCCGGAUCUACGACGUGCCGGAGCCGGAGUCUGUGGUUGACCAGCCAGAGCUGAGUCACGAUUUCCCGGAAGACCCCGGCGCCCAAAAGGCCAGUUUAAAAGAAGAUAAGCGCAUUCCCGUGGAUCAGCAGAAGAAGACAAAUACUGAACAUCCUGACGAAAAUACACAACAAGUCCCUAAAAUGCCAGAGCCUCUGGACUACGUCUUUUCGGACGAGGAGGAGGAGGAGCUCGAGCACAAACUUGAGAGCGAGGAAGCAGCCUACGAGAAGUUUGUGGAUAAAGUUGGUACAAAAAAGCCAUCGUUGUCCUCGAGUUUCUGGUCGAUGGACGACGAAGUGCAACUCCAAGAGAGUAUGAAGAAACAAAAACGAGACGCAGACGAGGUGACCGUUCGGAUGAUCCUGGACAUCCAGGAUAUGCUUUCCCGGUUUGGCUUGCCGUACAUCACCGCGCCGAUGGAGGCAGAAGCCCAAUGCGCUGAGCUUUUGCGUCUAGGAUUGGUGGAUGGCAUUAUCACAGACGAUUCUGACUGUUUUCUGUUUGGCGGUGACCGCGUGUACAAGAACAUGUUCAACGAAAAGAACUUUGUGGAGUGCUACCAAAUGGAGGACCUAGCGCGCGAUCUAGGACUCGACAGAAAAAUGUUGAUUGAGUUAGCUCUAUUAUUAGGAAGCGACUAUACAGAAGGUAUUAAGGGUGUUGGAAAGGUUGCAGCAAUGGAGAUUCUUGCCGAGUUCCGAACACUGGAAAAUUUCAAGCAGUGGUGGCUCGAUUACCAAAAUGGUAUCAUUGAUGAGUCCAAAGAAACUCCAGUCAAGCGCAAACUGCGCAAGUCGUUGAAGAAAACUGAUCUGUAUCUGACUCCCGAGUUCCCUGAUAAGCGGGUUAUUGAAGCAUAUCUGCAUCCAGAGGUCGACCAUGACAAGUCCGAGUUCCAAUGGGGCUACCCUAACCUCGAUAAGCUGCGGACUUUCCUGAUGUACAAUGUUGGAUGGGGCAAGGAGAAAGUGGACACAAUUCUGCUGCCAAUCAUCCAGAACAUGAACAAGCCGCAGACAAGCAUUGAGGAGUUCUUCCCUGUUGAGAUGAUCAGGCGCCGCCGUGACCUGGAAAUGGGACAGCGAUUAAAAAAUGCCACAUCGAAAUUAAGAAAUUCUGGUAAGAAUUCUCCGGAGACUGAGGAGCAGCCUUCCAAACGACGUAGGCAGCAGAAAAAAAAUGAUUAG